GAUCUUCAACAUGAAAUAUUCAACAUCCUCUUCGACCGAAAACUGGCCCUCGCCCCAGUCGGGGAGCCAGCACACGUGUUGGACAUAGCUACGGGGACGGGUAUCUGGGCCUUCGAAUUCGCCGAAGCCCAUCCUAUAUCUACAGUCGUCGGCACAGACCUAAGUAUGAUCCAACCCAGCGCCCUCCGGCUCCUCCCUAACUGCAGCUUCGUCAGGGAGGACUCGGAAGAGCCCUGGGUCUUCGACUACAAGUUUGACUACGUGCAUGCGCGCGCCGUCGUGUCGUGCUUCAAUGAUACGAGGGUGGUCCUCGCCCGCGCGUUCGAGGGGAUGAACGAGGGAGGGUGGAUUGAGUUCCAGGAUAUUAAUAUGGAUGUUCGGUCUAUUGACCACACGCUCGAGGGGACGGCCGUGCAGGAGUGGUUCCGCACGGUGAGGAGGGGGUUCGCCUCGAUUGGGAGGGAUGUCGACAGGCCGUUGUUUUACAAGCAGUGGUUCCUUGAGGCUGGGUUUGUGGAUGUGGAGGAAAAGUGUUUCCCGAUUCCCCUGAACCAGUGGCCCGAAUCCCCUAAAUCCAAGGAAGUGGGUCGUUUUCAACACGCAAAUGCCUGCGAUGGAAUACCGGGGGUUUCCGCAAAGGUGCUUCCGCUGGCAGGCCUCUCAUCUGCUGAAGCCCAAGAUCUGUCAGCGCGGGCCGUCCGAGACAGCGGCAAUACCAGAAUCCAUGCUUAUACUCCGCUAUAUGUCGUCUACGGACGGAAGCCAUUUGCGACAAAGCGUACCCAGCAGCUGGUUGGAUAA